UGCUCACCACUCCCCUGUGUUUGGAGCUGUGCGUCCAUUUAACGCAGAACCAUAAUUCAGGCUUCACACCUGGAGUGACGGAGCAGGAGGGGAGAGCAGGGGAGCUGCGGGCGCACUUGCUUCUCCUGCUCAGCGUUUUUUUUUUUUUUUGCAGGACAAGUUUGAAGAGCAAGACAGAGGCGACAUCGCCAAAAGGGAGGGGCUGCGCGCACAUGACACGCUCCGGAGUCCUCUGUUGGAAUUUCUCCGCCGGGAGCUUGCGUUUUUAAACAUCCCCAAACAACCCCGUCAGUCAGACAGACAGACAGAGCAUCAUGCGAGCAGGAGAGCCGCGCCCGGUGCCAUGCUGAAGUCCUCCCCGACCCUGCUGCUGGCUCUGGUGGCCGCGCUGCUGCUGCUCAUCCCGGCAUGCCGAGGCUGGAGCGACGAGGACCUGCUCCUGCCGCCCGUCAACUCCUCCAACAGGUUCAUGGCCAACCUGGACGUGGACGUGGACGUGCGCUUCUCCAAGAGGUCUGUGGAGGAGAGCGACCCCCCGCAGAGCCUGCAGCAGUCCCAGUCCCAGUGCAACGUGAGCGUCCACAGACUGCUGCCCACGUCCCUGGUGGCGCGCUGGGACAGCAGCCUGGGCUUCCAGUGCGACCUGCUCAUCUACACCACCAACAACCACGGCAGGGCGUUCUUCUCCGCGUCCUUCAACCGGGCCAUCUCCCCCGUGGUGGUGGAGCACCUGGGGGUGUCCGGGGGCCAGCAGGAGCUGCGGCUGUGCGUGGGCUGCGGGAUGUCCCGCUACCGCAGGUUUGGCAUGCAGGGCCAGGGCCAGGGCCAGGGGGGCAGGUCCAAGGGCCAGCACGCCGGGGAGCAGGUCACUUUCUGCUGCGUGGAUUUCAGCCUGGAUGAACUGAAGGGGGACAAAAGUUGGAGGCUGAACAGAAAGCCAAUCGAGUCCACACUUGUGGCUUGUUUCAUGACUUUGGUCAUCAUCGUGUGGAGUGUUGCUGCUCUCAUAUGGCCGGUGCCCAUCAUUGCAGGAUUUCUGCCCAACGGGAUGGAGCAAAGGAGACCGAGAUAACUGAAAGAUAAUUCUAAAGCCUGAUUUAACUCUGCCUGUGCUGCCUAUACCUAAAUUGUAGCCAUUCAACUGUACAGAUCGGUGAAUGAAUGAAGGCUCUUUGGGAUGUUCUGGUUGUUCUUUACCCUUUAGACCUUCUCCUCUUUGGGACAACCAAGGUAAAGUAUGAAGGAUUAUUAUACUAGCCAACAUAUACUGGGACCAAUGUGUUUUGUAUACCCUUUAGGCCUUCCCAUAGAUUUGCCCAUGUAAUUGUAUACUGUGCAAACUGUUCUCUUUAAACAGUGUUUGUAUAGUUUUUAAUCUUUCUAGACAGUUGUUUGCCUUACCCCAUGUGUAGGACUUUUGCACUGGAAACUAAACUUUAAAGUGUGUUGUCACCUACAAUCGGAUACCUAAUCUAUACUCAGUUACAAGUAAAUGUGAUAUUUUUGCUGAAAAAACUCUGACGAAUAAAUGUCCUUUAUGACUCACAUAUAUGGAGACAAUUAAAAAUCCUAUAUUGUUAGAUUUAUAAUGUCAAGUUCAUUAUAUAUGUUUAUUUCUAUCUAUGUUCCAAGACUUUGAAUGAAAAUAAAAUCA